CGGGCGGCGCCUCCGCGGAGCAACAGGGCUCGCGUCGGCAGCAUCGCAGCGGACGGCCGCGCAGCUCCUGCGGUUGCUGGCUGCUGCAGCUUUGCACAUCGGGCGGUGGGAGCCUGGUGGGAGAGAGCUGCUGCUUUUUCCUCGGGUGGUUUUCCUUUUUUUUUUUUUAAUUUAUUUUUUUAAUCAAUUAUUGUUAUUUUUAUGGGUUUUAUAAGCGUUACCAAAAAAACAAAAAAACAAACCGCACAACAAGUGAACGAUGCAGGUAGCUGCUGCUGUGUGGAUGUGACGGGGAGAAACAGCAAGAAGCAACACUCGUCCUCCCAUCAGUGAGUGGAAAUAGGCUUGGUACACGGAUUACUUAACGUUGCUUUACAAAUCUACAGCAGAAGCCGGGCUCGGGAAGCCUAGUGAUCACGCUCAUCCAUUCAUUCCUUUUCUCUCUCACACACGAACACUCUCACAUCCUCCCCUUCCCCCUCCUCCCCCUUUUUUUUUUCGUUCUUUUAUCGUUUUGGAACAAGGCUGUUGCUUAUUGCCUUUUUGCAAUCGCCUGGGUGAGAAGCUGCGGUUGUGCAGAGUGCCCCCAGCUUAAGCUGCCUCCUUGGCUCGUUCUCGGCUCUCUUGUUGCACAGGGAAAGCAGAGAGAAAAAUAACUCGUCAACCUGUGGUGCCGACCGACCUACCCACCCACCUGCAGGCGUGGGUCAAUUGGCGCAGCCCCCUGCUCAGGACUGCUGUCACCAGAUCCUUACACUGGCAAGAACAGCACUGCUAUUUGUCUGCCUAUGAACAGUUAAGUGCUUCUUCUGCAUGACCAUAACCAAAGGGUGACCCAUCCACUCCCUUAUGUCCUAUGGGGACCUCAGAACCAAUUUCUCAGUCUUCAUCUCCUCCUCCUCCUCUUACCACUGCUGCUGACGCCCUGGGUGCUGCUCCCAGGUUUGAAACAUUGUUGACAGGCUGAAGAAAGGAUUUGCAAAGACCUCCUCACUGUGUAAAUAGAGUGAUGGCUGGAAUUAGUUUCAACUCCCCAAAUCAUGAUAUUAAACAAUAAUAAGAUUGCUAGGCCAAAGCAUUACCAGGAACAAAUUGUGAGGAAAGAGACUAUUUGCAUUUGGUUGCAAUGAUGAACUAAAAUCAUCUAUGGAGAGCAGGUACCCUUUGUUUUGCAUGUUUUUGUCUUCAUGAAUGUAGUCAUGAAUCUGAUCAGAUCAGUGGUAGAUAUGGGAAAUAAAUGAAAAUAAAAGGGUUCAGUGGAUGAAAGAAUAAAGCCUCCGCUGUUCCUUGGUCUAGUUUGAGAGUUUCAUCUUUUCUUAUUAGUAAAAUUAUAGGUGGGUUUUUUUCCCUUUUUUUCCUUUUUUUCAUUUCCCCCCUUCCCCUCCCCCCCCACAAGAGUUUUAGACAGUAAGAAAAUGUAGAUCUGUGGUUUCCCAAAAUACAGAUUCAGUGUUGCAACUAUGUUGCCCCGCUCUGGGUCCAAUGCACUGUCCUCCAAAUGCAAAUAGCUUUAAACUUUCUAUGGUGAAAGUUAAGGUUGCACUGUAAAUAAAACGAAAGCUCUUGCACUAAGCAACAAAAAAGCUGUUGCAAAAUGGAGGUUGCAAUGGUGAGUGCAGAUAGCUCUGGCUGCAACAGCCAUAUGCCCUAUGGAUAUGCAGCCCAAGCUCGGGCCAGAGAGAGAGAGCGGCUGGCACAGUCAAGAGCUGCAGCAGCUGCAGCUGUAGCAGCAGCAACUGCAGCAGUAGAAGGGGGGGCAACAGGUGGAGGUGGACCAUAUCACCACUAUCACCAGGAACAGAGUCGAGGUGCUUCUUCCUCACAUGGUGGGAAUGCAUCUCGCAGCAGCCUGCCUAACCGCCAGAGUGGUAAGAGAUGGAAGAAAGGGAGAAAGAGGAGCCACCACUUGGGAAGCAGGGAGUGUGGAGCCUCUUUCCCCUGUUCUGAGCUGCUUCCUCUCAGUGGUUCUGAAGAGAGAAUACUGAAAGACGUGAGUGAGGAGGAAGAGGAGGAUGAAGAUGAGGAUGAAGACGAUGAGGAAGAAGGAAAAGUCUACUACAGUGCUGACUAUGGGGAGGAUGAGUUUUCAUACUCAGACCAGCCACCUGAUGAUGGUGGAGGCCCUGGGGGUUACAGCUCCAUUCGCUACAGUGAGUAUGAGUGUUGUGAGCGUGUGGUAAUCAACGUGUCAGGACUGCGGUUUGAAACACAACUGAAGACAUUGGCUCAGUUCCCAGAGACACUGUUGGGUGAUCCAGCAAAGCGAGGCAGAUACUUUGACCCUCUCAGAAAUGAAUACUUCUUUGAUAGGAACCGGCCCAGUUUUGAUGCCAUACUGUACUACUACCAGAGUGGUGGUCGGCUGAAGAGGCCAGUCAACGUACCCUUUGAUAUCUUCAGUGAGGAGGUGAAAUUCUACCAACUUGGGGAGGAAGCCAUGCUCAAGUUUAGGGAAGAUGAAGGGUUUGUCAAAGAGGAAGAGGACAAAGCUUUGCCAGAGAAUGAGUUUCAGCGCCAGGUCUGGCUCCUCUUUGAGUACCCUGAGAGCUCCAGUCCAGCCAGAGGCAUCGCCAUUGUCUCUGUCUUGGUGAUCUUGAUCUCCAUCGUCAUCUUUUGCUUGGAGACUUUGCCGGAGUUCAGAGAUGACAAAGAAUUCAUAAUGUCCCUGAGCUCAGGGAAGGGUCUUUCCAAUGAGUCGCUUCACUUGGAUGCUGGGGAGCACACCAUCUUCACUGACCCUUUUUUCGUUGUAGAGACACUGUGCAUCAUCUGGUUCUCCUUUGAGCUGCUGGUGCGUUUCUUUGCUUGCCCCAGCAAGGCAGAUUUCCUCAAGAACAUCAUGAACAUCAUUGACAUUGUGGCCAUCAUCCCCUACUUCAUCACCCUGGGCACUGAGUUGGCUCAGGAGCAGGGCAGUAAUGGUCAACAGGCCAUGUCUUUUGCCAUCCUGAGGAUCAUCCGUCUGGUCAGAGUGUUUCGCAUCUUCAAGCUUUCCAGGCACUCCAAGGGUUUGCAGAUCCUGGGUCACACACUCAGAGCAAGCAUGAGGGAACUCGGCCUCCUCAUUUUUUUCCUUUUUAUUGGAGUAAUUUUGUUUUCCAGUGCUGUUUACUUUGCUGAGGCUGAUGACCCUGAGUCUCAUUUCUCAAGCAUCCCUGAUGCUUUCUGGUGGGCUGUGGUGACCAUGACCACUGUGGGCUAUGGGGACAUGUACCCCAUGACAAUUGGUGGCAAGAUCGUGGGGUCCCUGUGUGCCAUCGCGGGAGUGUUAACCAUUGCUUUACCAGUGCCAGUGAUUGUCUCCAAUUUUAACUAUUUCUAUCACAGAGAGACUGAGAAUGAAGAACAAACGCAGCUGAUGCAAAAUGCAGUCAGUUGCCCUUACCUCCCAACAAAUUUACUGAAGAAAUUUAGAAGCUCGUCAUCUUCAUCCACAGAGGAUAAAUCAGAGUAUUUGGAGAUGGAAGAAGGAGUUAAAGAAUCUCUUUGUGUAAAGGAGAAAAAAAGUCAGGACACGGGGAAUAGUAGUGAGUCAGAGAAGAAAAACUGUGUAAAUUCAAAUUCAGUGGAAACUGAUGUGUAAUUUACAAAUAUAUUUAUUUUAUGUCUCCAAAUAUAUUUAUGCAUUAAAGAGUGCGGUGGAAAUAAUGAAAUAUGCAAACGAGUCCACAGCAUACAGUAGUAUGCCAUUUUAAUGGUUAAACACAAAUAAAAAAGCAUUGUUAAACUUGUAGAACAUAUCAAGUAAGCGAUAUAACUCGAGGAAGGGGUUGCUAGAUCUGAUAUAACUUCAGACUGUAUUUUUUUUCUAGAAUGCAAGUGUUUUGCACACGAGGCUGAAAAAUUUAUUGAAACCAAGUCAGUUUUAAAGUCAGUGCAUGAACUGUUCGACAUCACUGCUAACAGCUCUGUGGUAAAAGUUGGCAUUCAGAGGUAUUUACUAUGUAAGAAGCAAUGAACUUUGGAAAUCAUUUAUCUAUUUAUCAGUGCUUUAAUAGCAGCUACCAUGAAUCAUUGGAUACCAUAGUCUUUGUUUUUCAAAUGGUAAAUUUAUUGUAUAAAGAUAUUCUACAGAAGAUAGAUCUAAUUUUUUUUCUUUUUUUUUCUUGGAACCUAUAAUGCUUGUUUUUAACUGGAAAUUUUCUUUGAGAAGGCUGCUGAACCUCCAGAAAUGAUUUAUUUUUAUAACUCUCUUUGGAGGCAUUGCAGCAUUUGUUGUCUAAUAAUGAAAGAAAUGAAGUAAGAGAAUUGUUUAGCCUGGUCUGACUGCAAAGGCAAAAUGACUGGAAUGCUUUUUUGCACUACUUUAUAUGCUGGAGUUAUAUUGAAAGAGACUUCAUACUGUGAAUGUUUACUAAUGUAAUAGUUCAAUGACAAUCAUUGGAAGAGUGAUCUGCAUCAUAUUUUAUGGCUUUUUUUUCUGGUUUGUUUAUUUUAAUUUUGUUUUUCCUUUAUGUGAUGCUGAUGGCAAAAUGGCUAACAUUACAUUAAUUCCAUACUCUUUUCAUUAUGAAUAUCUGUGAUCUGGAAAAGGAUUGUGAAGUAAAAUUUUAUAAUCAAAAUUAUUUGAAAUCAGUGUUUUCUAGUGAUGUUCUCAAUUAAGAUUAACUCCAUGUUCAUAUUUUUGCCAUGUUAAUUUAACUUUGAGAGUUAAUGUUUAGUACAUGCACUUACCAGUAUUGAAGUAACUCAAUGUAUAGGGACAAGAAGUAAAAGUAAUAGGAUACUCAGUUGUUACAGUACUAGCAAUUCAGAAUUACUAACAGUUAACAUGUUAUUGGUGCUACAUUUUCCUCAGUUACAGCUUCCACCUUUCAAGCAAAAUUUUGGAUCUGAAACAGGAAUUUAGGGAUUCAAAAUGAUUGUGUUGGGUCCUUUGUAGUCCUUGGGAGAACAUUCCAUGAAUUCUUUUCACUUAUUCUUUGACCAGCUGUAUGUUUGUGUCAAAAAUGUCCACUGCCCUUUAUAGGAGAUUAAGGUAGGUAAAGAUUACCUGACCUACAGCACAUUCCAGACUCCAGAAUUAAAUAGCUAAGAUAUUCCUGCAUUUAACAUAAAUAAUAGAUUCAGAACAGGUGUUUUUCAGACGCAUAAUUACCUAGGGAGGUAAUUGGAGCUGUUUUUGAGGCACUGUGAAACAUUCCAAAUUAUAAAACUUGAACCAAAUUGGCAUAUGUACUUUAAGGGCUGGGACAGGACGUUGUGAGACAGAAGAGUGCUUACAAACACUACUGAAUUACAGUGGUUUUGUGAUAUUCCUUUAAAGGUGAGGAGGGAGUUUGCUGGAGAGAACUAUUCAGUGAUUUAUAGUUCUGGUGCUGAAAAGCAGAAAUAAAACCUGUCCAAAUUGAGUAGCUGUGAUGAUAUGCAUCAUCUACCAGAAAGGCAUUGUUUGCUGUCUCCAGCAUCCAGUGAUACAGAACAGAGCCAUAGCCAAAGGAUUUUACUUAAUGAUUGAGUUUUUGGCCUUUAUGGAUUUUCUGUGAAUCAAAUUUUGGAAAAUUUUCUCUGCUUGCCUACUAUUGCACUGCAGAAGUCAUAGUAAAUAUAUAAAUAAGCUCUGAGAAGACUGCACUGUACUGAGCCCUGAUUUAAAACUUGUGUAUAAAUAUCCAGUUCAUAAUUUUAAAUUGUAGAGGAGGCUUCAACUCUUAUUUCUUCUGUGAAGCAUUAAACAAGGCUACUUUUUAAUAUGAUAAUGUGAAUUUCAGCCAUGUUUUGAAUCGAACACUUCAGACAUUUUAUGUAUAGGUGUUUGUCAGAAUUAAAUAUUGCAUUUAUAUACCUGGGUAAAUGAAUUAAAUGCUUUUUUUUUUUUUCCUAUGAGGGCAAUAUUAGCAGCAAGGUGAGCGUUCUGUGAAGUCCAGAGAACAUCUGUAACUGAAAGUGUUUCUUCAACAGCUUUAACUGUUAAUAAGGUAAAGAACACAAGAGUUCAGUUGUAUGCUACUUUGCUAGUAGUCCUGUGUAGUACCAGCAACCAUAUAAUACCAGAGAGUGACCAUAGCAAAAAUGUAGAAAGAAAGGGAGUAAUAAUUAGGCAAAUAAAAAACUUAGGAUAAGUAAUUAGUAUGUAUUUAUGGUAUUGACUGUUUGAAAGGAAAGGUGGUUAAUAAGGGGGAUUUUUUUGAUGUCUAAUAGAACUAAGAAAGAAAGCUUUUUGAAUAACUCCUAGAAUACGUUCACUCGGAGGUGGAGCUCAGCAUGAGGUAACUGCGUAAGUUGUUACCCAGCUUCUCCAGCAAGCCUUGCAGGUAUUGUGCUACCAAUACACAAUCUUAUAAUUUAAAACAAGUGUGGUGUUGUCUACAUUAUGCUGAGAUCAUAGCAAUACCCUAAUCUUUGAAAGAAAAUUCUUGCUGGAGGACCUUUUAGCAAAGCAGCAUUCUGGGUGUGUCAGCACUGCGUACUGCAGCACUGUGGAGACCAGUCCUAAUAACAGUGGAGCCUGCUCUGCCUCCUGCAAUGUAUAAGCCUACGUACUUGUAACUGUCAUUAUAAAUCAGAGCUAGCAUCGCCUAAUAUUAGAUUGUACUAUCAGUUUGGCAGGCCAUUCUGAAUCACAGAAAGGAUUGUGCAUUUCAGAAUGGAAGCAAAUACCUUCACUUGGGCUGGCUUUUUUGUUUGAUUAUUCAUCUACCUGUACAUUAGUCCACGCAGUUACAACACAGCAUGAAAAAGCCAAAGUCCUACCCUUUACCAUGCUAAAACCCAAAGAACCCAAGUGCUUAACAAGAGACCUAAAUUUCCCUUGAGUAUCACUUAGAUGGAAAUUUGUGCCAGAGAAACCCUGUAUUUGAGCUGUUACUGCUCCAAAAUGCUACUACUGCUCCUUGCCUGAGUUUUUACAGUGUUACUGGAUACCAACUACUAUCAGAAAAAUAAUUUUUUAAUCACUUGGGCAUUUUGCAUUUUAGACUAUCACGAUGAAAUGCACUCCUGAUGUAACUGAUGUGAAUGGUGUUACACUGGGGAACAUUUUAGUUCCAUUAAUGUAGUUCAAAUGAUUUCACAUUGACAUACAUUUUAGCUAAAAAUAAUGCAAAAUGAGAUUUUGAUAUUUCAUGCUCACUUGCAGUGGUGAAAAAAAAAUUUGGAGGAGGCUCCAUUAGAGUUCAUGAAAUCACAGCAGCAUCCAAUCAGAUUUCUGAUACUGAUACUUAAUUAUCUACUGGCCAUUAAUUAAAUACACACACACAUACACAUAUAUAUUAAUCUUUUUAUAGCAGUCUUAAGUGCCAAAGCCAGGCUCUGAAGGAGUGUUUUGCCAGCUGAAGUAUUGAAUUAAAGACAUGAUGUCAGAGAUGCGUUUUCCCCCUCCCCCCUUAUUACAGUGAUCAAGUUUUGUGAUGCUACAUUGUUUACUUGAAAACUUCAAUCUAUCUACUGAAGUUUGUAUUGUAACAAAUGUUCUGUCACCCCGCUAGGCAGUUUUUUUUUUAGAGUCUGGCUAAGCUUUCUCAGAUCCAUUCUGCAGGAGGCCAAUUCUGUUUGAUGGAAGGUGUAGCUUUUGGGUUUUUGUAUUUGAAAGAGAUUCUUCUGCUCACAUAAAUCUGUUGCGCACAGCCUGUUUAUGUGACACCCAUGCCAUGUGGAAUCAUUUAGGGAGCUCGAGGGAAUGAGAAAGCCCACUGUUACCAUGAUUAUAUCUAACUUGUGACAACAGAGCUUUUGGUGUCUAGAGAUACUAAUGGGUGUUAUGAGCUUCUCAUGGUAAUGAGAAUUGAAUGUUAUCAAUCAGUAUAACUAUUCAAGGAGCACUAGAGCAGGAAAAUGAUAUUUAUUUCUUUAUUUAUUUUGCAUAAUAUUAAUAUUCAAAGAACUUGGAUCAGGUCAUAAUCUUGAAUAAAUGUUUACUGUCUUGUACCUCCUGAUGUGGAAAGUUCCUGUCAAGUGUGCUUUUAGGUGAUGAAAGUCACUCGACUUAGGCUAUGGGAAAUCAUUGUUAAACUGCCCAAGAAUAUGAAAUACUAACUUUUCAUAUUUGGAUAAAUCCACUGUGGAGAUACAGCAAAAAAAUGUCAGAAACUCUAUUCUAUAUCCAAGUAAUUUGUGGAAAUGUGUACUGAUGGUGAUACCAGACUCCUAAAACUAAUUCUGAACGUCCAUGACUUUUUUGCAUAAGCUUUACAGAGGUAAUUGAUAGUCUUCAAAUUAAUUAUGAACUAUUCAUGGUGCUUGAGGUUAUGUAACUAGCUGCUUCUAGUUGUUUCUUACCGAUUCUUUAUUACUUCUACUGUCAUGUUGGCCUGUUAUGAAUACAGGCCUGUUGGUUUUUUCAAUUAAUUGGCAUGAAACAAUAACAAAUACAAGUAAGGUUAUAUAUAUAUGCAUAUGUGUGUGUGUAUAUAUAUAUAUAUGUAUAUGUAUAAUAUCCAACAUAUAAAUUACUUUUUUUUUAUUCUCAUAAAAUAAACCUAAUUGGCAGCCUGUAACAUUUUUAGUCAUUGGACAGGGUGUCCCUUUUCCUGUUGCUAUAACUUAGUGACAAAAUGUUUCUGAUUCUGUUGUGAAUAAGUCUCUAGUUUGGAGACUUACUGUGUUUGUGCACCUCUGCUUGAAAAAAAGGCCUGUAGGAAAGUUGGCAGUUGGUUUUGAAAUGAAUUUUCCUUCAUUUCUACAGAGAUCAUCUAAUGUGAAAAAAAAUGUUGACAUUAAUGCUGGGUUAAAAGUGCAUAAAUAUGUUCUACUUGGCAACCAGGCACAAACAUGAACCUAUUGCUGCCAUGCUUUCUGUGUGUUCAGAGCUCUGAUGACAUUAAUUCUGAAAGAAAAGUCAUUAAACCAGUAUGUUCCGAAA